AUGGCGCUGCAGGAAGAAGAUAUUGAGCACCUGAUCCGGGAAGUGCCCGCCUACAUGCCCCAGAUCACCAAGGCCCGCGCUCGCGAGGUAUUGGCCAACGAAAACUCGGGCACCUACCUCCUCCGCUUCUCGGCCAACUCCCAAGCCAUCGUGCUGACCAUGACCAUUGGCGGCAAGAAUCGCCACUUUGUCCUCGAAGAAGACGACAACCGCAACUACACGUUUGACUUUGAGCACAGCGAGCCCACCAUCCAGCAGCUGCUCAACUACGUCGAGGAGAACGGUUUUCUAGACGAGCAAGGCGUGCACGUCCGCCCGUCUCGGGCCUCUCCCGUGGCCGUGGAGCAGCAUCUCUUUCGCCAGCCCUGGUACUUUGAUGACAUUGAUCGCGAUACCGCCGACACCGUCCUCUCCAGCAAGCCCAUUGGCACCUUCUUGAUCCGCACCAACCGCCAUGGCAAUCUCACCCUCAGCUCCCAUGCCAAGCAGCGCGUUCUCCACAUUCCCCUCAACGUUGAGCGUGGUGGGAAGUACUACGUCGGGGACAUGGAAUCCUGUCCCUCCGUCCAGGAAAUGGUCUAUGCCCUAGCCAACAAAUACAAGAAGAUUGAAACCGACAAGUAUGGUCAAGUCGAAGCUUCAAAGCCCCUCGACGACACGGGCGCGGCCGCUGUGGCUCUUGAAGUAGCACAACGAGCUGCCAACCGAGAACAAGCCGGCUUCAAGCCUAAUCGUGGCCUCGACUUUGAGGAGCAGCCCGAUGACAACCUGCUGCAUCGCAAAGAAUACCGCGAUGUCCCAUGCUUUGGCUGCUACAUCUCGCUCGAUGUGGGCGUGAUUGGCUCCGUCUUGAUCCAUUACGUGACCGUGAUUGCCGAGAUCUUGCUGCUCUACACUUCCCGCGAGGACACCACCAUCCUUUGCCUUGUGGCUGCGCUCAUUGGCGUUCGUGUGUGGAGCUUUGUUGUGAUCGACUAUCUGACCCGCGUCGAUGCCCGUUGGCUCUACGGCCUCCUUGAUCUGCGCCUCGUCCAGCUGGUCGUCUUUUACCUUUCCGACCCUUACAACCGCAAGAAUCACGUGCGCAGUCGCAUCAACUUUUUGCGUCUUUGGCAGGCAGCGCUUGAAGCCUCGCCCAUUCUUAUGGUGGCCACCUACCUCAACCUGCGCCGUGUGGCCAGCGAUGAUCUCUUUGAUCUCUUUGAAGUGGUGGCCCUUGCCGCCAUCGCAGCUGGCAUGUUCAUUGCUUUUACUGGUUCAUUCUUGCAAGACUACCUCACGACCGAAAGCCAGUGGUGGAAGUUCAUCUUCCUUCCUGUUUAUGCCAUCUCUGCCACGGCCAGUCGGGCCCUGAUCGGGGCUGCCGCCUUCAUGGCCUUUCGCUGGUAUAUUUUAGUCGGUGUUGCCGGUGGUCUCGCCAUCCUGGAAAUCGUCACCAUUGCGCUGCUCACUCCAACCAUUGAGGGUUCGAGCACUUCGGUCAAGCUCUCUGUGCUUCGGCGUGCUUUGUUUGGCCUGCUGACGCCCAUGGCCACGACGCGCUCGCGCAUCGAACGGUUGCGCCACGGGCUGAUCCAGCUGACCACGGCCGCUGUGCUGCUGGGUCUGAUGGUGGGCGAUGACCGCCUGGGCGAUGAUCAGUCCACCCUCUACAUGAUCGUGUUUUACGGCGGCGUUGGGCUGCUGGCUCUUCAGUUGCUCACCUUCUUGGCCUUUGUGGUUUUUAUUCCCAGCAGCUAUUUGGGUACCAUCAUGCUCUACGAGAAGGUGCCCGUCAUUAAAGUUGACGUUUAG